UCACUACUCUCCCACUCUGCUCUCCGAGCUGGAGUCGAUGCUGCUAAACUCAGCCACUGAACACGCUGAUUCUAUAGGUUGGCCCUUUAUUGAGGAGUUCCUGUCUGGACCAUUUAUGGCACAUUGGCUGAAUUACAUAGAGGAAUGCACAUCAGUUAACAGGCUGGACUGAGAGAAACUACAGGAGGAGCAAAAAAAAACUGAUUUGGGAAAAGUGAAGUUGGAGUCUGAGAGGAGCAGGUGGACCUCUGGCAUUGGUAGCUUCAGCCUUGUUUUUCCUUCCAACAGGUAGGCACAGCCACAAAGUUAACAGGUGACUGACCCAAACAUUCGGAUGCAUUUAUCUCUGGAUACCAUGAGCAUGGUGGACGACAGCUGCCUCUCGCCCAGCAACUUUCACGAAAUGGGGAAAGGCGGGGGCACCGCUGUCGGGGGCCGCGUCCACAGCAUUGAUGUCAUCCUGGGCUUCAAUAAAGACCAGGACCCCUUGCUAAGUCCUGCUGGGCCCACUGGGCCCCAGAAGAUGGGUAUAGAUGGGCUGGGAGAACAUAUGAAGCAGCAGGAACCCUUGUCUCACCCAUCCUACAGCGGACACCUUUCAUCUGUAAGAAACAGCAGCACGCAGCAGUACCAGGCAGAUUCUGGCCUGUACGGAAACAAGAGCGACGAAGAGCUGAGUGAGCUCAGAAAGAAUGUAGAUAGCGAUGAAGGCAAGUCUCCGGAGCCUUGCAAGGAUGAUCAACCCAAGAAGAAACACAGACGCAACCGCACAACCUUCACCACCUACCAGCUGCACGAGCUGGAACGCGCCUUUGAGAAGUCCCACUACCCAGAUGUCUACAGUCGGGAGGAGCUGGCCUUGAAGGUGAACCUCCCUGAAGUCCGAGUCCAGGUCUGGUUUCAGAACCGCAGAGCUAAAUGGCGUCGGCAGGAAAAGAUGGACGCAAGCACCAUGAAGCUUCACGACUCCCCUAUGCUCUCCUUCAAUCGCCAGGCUCCAGUUCACACCAGCAUGGGCCAAAUAACCAACUCCCUCCCUUUGGAUCCUUGGCUCACCUCUCCCCUGUCCAGUGCCACACCUGUCCAGUGCAUCCCAGGCUUCAUGGGUCCAGCUCAGGCACUCCAGCCCAGCUAUUCCAGUCAUGGAUUCCUCAACAGCGGACCCCAUGCCCCUCACCCACACUCUCACCCUCAUCCUCCCACUGGACAGGGGAUGCAGAGUAUGGCACCUCCACCUUACCAAUGUCCAGCCCCAUACUCGGAAAAGUUUCCUCUAGAGGACGUAGACCAGCGCAGCUCGAGCAUCGCUGCUUUGAGAAUGAAAGCCAAGGAACACAUCCAAUCAAUGGACAAGACCUGGCAACCCAUGUGACCAGCACAUUUGACAGCCUGUGUCAGUGACAAUCCUGGGGAAAAGGAGAUAAUGAAAAUCAUGCCUGCUCUCACACAACAUUAGGAUUAAACUGAGCUGUGAAAACUGAAGAACCUUUUUGUUACUUUCUUUUAAUCUUUUAAUAUUCUUCUCUCAUCUCCAAGACAUAGAGGAGUUCACCACUGUGAGGCUGCAUAUUUGGUUAUCUGUUAUUCCUUUAGAUCUUUUGUGCCUUGGGUGCCGUAAAUGUAGAGACUCCAACUAGGGUCAUCGUACCUUGCACCCAAGAAACUAUUGGAUUUCAUUUUUUUUUUUUUUUAAGUUUAUUUAAAGCUCCCAGACCAAUUAAGUCAUACACUUGAAAUUAAUUAUUAUUUACUAUUUAGAACUUUGUUUUUUAAAUUUUUCUCAUUACAGCCUCAUUGUUUUCUAUCUGAAUUUUAUGGACAACACAAAAUAGUGUUUGGUUAUAAAGUGGAAGGAAAUAUUAUAGUGUUAAAUAUUUGUUUACACACAGAGAAGAAGAAAAAGAAGAAGUAUGGCUUACAUUUGCAGCUAAAAGUCCUUUGGAGUAUCUCUCCACCAGCUCUGCACCUCUAGGGAUUAAAUUAUUCCCCAUUUUCAGCUGAAGCUCAUUUAGAAUAGAUGGGUGCUGGCAGUAACUUAAGCUGUAGAUUUUAAGCUGAAUUUAGGGACAGACUUCGACUUGGCCAUUCUAGCACAUUUUUAAGUUGUCUGCAGCCUUUAACAAGUUUUCUUUAAGGAUUCCAUUACAGUUAGCUCCUUCCAUCUUUCUAUAAACGGACCAGCUUCUCAGACCCUGCUACAGAAUGACAUCCCUGCACUAUGAUGUCACCGCUUAGUUUCACCAAUGAGGUGUUCAAGGGAAUUUGUAAUGUUAUUUUUGCCUCUUUAUUAUUUUUCAUCUAGCUGAAGGGUUCAGUUUUAUUCCCUCUCAGUGGAGCACCUUCUCUUACAUGUAUCCUCUCUGCUCAUUACAUGGAUUGUGGCCUUGUGAUGAGAGAUUCUUUAGAACAUCCUUCUAAUGACUUCCUUUAAACAAUAAUUUCACCAUUUAAUCAAUUUCAUAGAGGCCAGACUUGUGCAGUGUACAACUAAUAGUUUUCCUGUCAACAGAUUCUGCCACCUGAGCUGUAGAUCUCUGUGGCCCCUCCAGAGUGACCAUGGCCAUCAACAUCUCGCCAUGAGCUAUUUACCUUUGUGCUUAAGCCGUUGAGGCUUUCGCUAUUUUGCUGUGUUCACACCAGGGUUGGAUUUGAAACAACAGGACACCAUUUACUUAUUUUCUUAUUUUUAGAGGAUUAUGAUCAGGGGUAUUAGAAUUUUUGGUAUGUAUUGCAAAUGUAUGCCAGAGUUUUCACAUUUUUUGUUUUCUGAAAGGUUAAAGAGAACAUGCAUCGUUAUCUUUCCACUUUAUAUUUAUAAGCUACUUUGUGUUGAUCCAUCACUUGAACAUCUGUCAAAAUACUUUCAAAUUUGUGGAAAGCGGGAUGAAUACCUUUGCAAGGCACUGAAUCAGAAUGGUUUGUGUUCUGCUUAGAGCUUGUAGCUCAGAUACUGUGAGGUCACUGGAAGAAAAGGUUGCAGAGGACAUUUAAAGCUCUAUAGGCUUGGGGAUGUUAUUCAAUUUAUGAAUGGAAACUGUUGCAAAGAUUUAAAUUUAGUGGAAGAAAACAUCAAAGACAUGUUGCCAUCUUUUUGGACCAGACAAUCUAAUCCUGGUUCUCAUCUGAUAUACUGCUUUAAAUAAGAAAGGGAAAUCUGAAUCAAACAGGCAAACAAGCAAACCAACUUGUUGUUACUUGAGUGACAGUUUGAAUAGAAAACAUGUUGAUAACUCUAUGCUGGUUGGCUGAGCGUACGUGCAGUGUAGCAGAAAGACUCCUAUCUGAUGCGUCACCCCGCAUAGUUUGGUCUUUGUUUGGCACAAUUGAUCCAAGUGUAUCCUCUUUGUCUGGAACUAAAGGGGGAGAAACGGUCUCAGGCUUGGCUAAAUGGGCCCAUUUUAUUAUGGAAGUUUCCUUUUUUUUCCCUCCCUGUUGAUCAAACGACAAGAAGCAUGGAUUGUGGGUUACAGUUAUUAGGGGCACAGAAUCAGUCUUUUACCAUCUGUUACACCCUUGAGCACUAAUUAUCUUCAAGGUAGAUUAUGUCAGUUGUAAAAAUCAAUAUAAAACUGACAGCUCAGUUUUAAUUAGUAGAGUUACUGAAACCUGACAGGUAAAAAAAACUUGACGGAAAAAGAAGGAGAGGAAAAACCAUUAUUUUACAGUAAAAUCUCAGAACCUCUUUUAUCUUUCUGUUAUUCCAUCCUUUCUUGUUGGAAUAUUUCCUUAUACUGCAAACUUUAUAUAAUUCCAAUCCUUAGAUAUUUUGAUAAAAUGUACUUUUCAUGCUGCUCAGAGACAGAAACAGUUUUGAAUCUGCUGCUUGUUUUUAGCGCUCAUGUUUUCUUUUGUUCCAUUGGGUUAGUGGUGUUUUUACAGAGACCGAGGAUUACCUUUGCACAUUAGAAGGUUUAUUUAGGAUGCAACAAAAAUGUGAUUUGGGACCAAGAACAAGCCAAAGUCUAAGUAGUAAUUAAAAAAAAUGCUCUAGAAUUUUUUUUUUUUUUUUUUUAGUUUUGUGUUAUUUUUUCUAUGUGAAAAUGUAAAAGAUAUUGUAAUUGUUAUAGUUACAUUGUUUUGUUCCCUAUUAAUUAUGUCUGGAUCAUCAAUGUUCACAUAUUGUA